GAUGGCAGAGGCUUUGCUCUGUGCCCUGUUCUUGUUGGGGCUCCUAGGCAGCGGUGAGGGGAAGAAUGAGGAAUUGCGUCUUUAUCACCAUCUCUUCGACAACUAUGACCCAGGAAGCCGACCAGUGAGGGGGCCUGAGGACACCGUCAUCAUCACCAUCAAGGUCACUCUGACCAACCUCAUCUCACUGAAGGAGAAAGAGCAGACCCUCACUUCCAGCGUCUGGAUUGGAAUCGACUGGCAAGAUUACCGACUCAACUACAGCAAGGCCGACUUUGGCGGCAUAAAAACCCUGCGGGUCCCUUCAGAACACGUGUGGCUACCAGAGAUUGUGCUGGAAAACAAUAUUGACGGCCAGUUUGGCUUGGCCUACCACGCGAACGUACUGGUCUUCGAGGGCGGCUACGUGAGUUGGUUGCCACCGGCCAUCUACCGCAGCACCUGCGCCAUGGAGGUCACCUACUUCCCCUUCGACUGGCAGAACUGCUCCCUCAUUUUCCGCUCUCAGACGUACAGUGCAGAAGAGGUGGAAUUCACCUUUGCCGUGGACGAUGAUGGCGAGACCAUCGACAAGAUCGACAUCGACACUGAGGACUAUACCGAGAACGGCGAGUGGGCCAUCGACUUCUGCCCAGGGGUGAUCCGCCGCCACGACGGAGGCUCAGCUGAUGGCCCGGGGUACAGCGACGUCAUCUACACGCUUAUCAUUCGCCGGAAGCCGCUCUUCUAUAUCAUUAACAUCAUCGUGCCCUGCGUGCUCAUCUCCAGCCUAGUGCUGCUCGCCUACUUCCUGCCUGCGCAGGCCGGCGGCCAGAAAUGCACCGUCUCCAUCAACGUCCUGCUCGCGCAGACCGUCUUCCUGUUCCUAAUUGCCCAAAAAAUCCCAGAGACGUCUCUGAGCGUGCCGCUGCUGGGCAAGUUCCUGAUUUUCGUCAUGGUGGUUGCCACGCUCAUUGUCAUGAAUUGCGUCAUCGUGCUCAACGUGUCAUUGCGGACGCCCACCACUCACGCCGUGUCCCCGCGGCUGCGCCAUGUUUUACUGGAGCUGCUGCCGCGCCUCGUGGGCUCCGGGCCACCCCCUGAAGCCCCCCGGGCCGCCUCGCUCUCGAGGCGGGCGUCUUCCGUGGGCAUCCUGCUCCGCGCGGAGGAGCUGAUUCUAAAAAAGCCACGGAGCGAGCUCGUGUUUGAGGGACAGCGGUACCGGCAAGGGACCUGGACCGCUGCCCUCUGUCAAAGCCUGGGUGCCGCCGCCCCCGAGGUUCGCUGCUGUGUGGACGUCGUGAACUUCGUGACCGAGAGCACGCGAGAACAAGAGGCCGCUAGUGAGGAGGUGUCCGAUUGGGUGCGCAUGGGGAAAGCCCUGGACAACAUCUGCUUCUGGGCCGCUCUGGUGCUCUUCAGUGUGGGCUCAGGCCUCAUCUUCCUCGGGGGAUUCCUCAAUCAGGUGCCCCAUCUGCCUUUCCCCCCGUGCAUACAGACCUGAGCCCUUGCUUCACUCUGCCUUCAACCUUCCUACUCAUCUCGAGGAGGAACUAGCUUUUGAAAAAAGGAGUUGCUGCCACCGCUGUAUUAUGAUCCUUUCCCACUGCCAAUAAUAAACCUGCAUUUUGAAUUC